AUGACGUACACACUCCAAAGCGAGGCACAGAAGAUAUUCGACAAAAUUGUCUCGGAUCCCAGGCUGAAUAGUCCAGACGGAGUCAAGGAGUUUGCAAGCAAGAUGAAGUUUAUAGGGGACGAGACACAACCGUUCUAUCCUACACCGUGGAAAUGUGCCGAGUCGCAGGCAGCGUUGCUCGUAUACAUUGGAAUCUUUGCCGCUGCUACAUCCAAGGAACGAUACGGGCUAGAUCAGGAUAUCGAGGUUGACGUGUCCCGCGCCCUCUUGACCGGGUUGGCACAAUGCUUCAUCUGGUGUAACGAUAAAUGGGACAGUCUGGCUCCGGAAAUGGACGCAGUCACCCGUCGGUGGGAUCACGGCUACACGCGCGAACUCUAUCGCCAGCUUGCAACCAAUAUCUACAGGACAAAGGACGGCCGAUGGUAUUAG